UCAUCAGUCUACACUUUGAAAGCUUCUCGGUUCUGUUAAAGUUGUCCAGGAUGAAGAAAUUCAAAUUCUUCCUCCCAGCUAAAGAAAAGCUGCAGGAAGAAGCAGGAGCAGCAUCUCAGGAGGAUCUGGUGAUGGAAUUUAUGCCUGAGGAAGAGAUUGAGCUGAUUGAUCUGGAACUCCCGGAGGAGCAGGAGGAGGAGUCUCUGGAUAAGAAGGAGGAGCUCGACCUCCUGAAAUCUGUGAUGGAGGAGGAUGAAGAGGAGCAGAUGCAGAAGUCUCCGGAGGAGUACGAACAUGAACUAAUGGAGUUCCAGCAGGCAUACACAUUGCAAAUGCAGGAGCUCCAGGAGAAGGAGACAGAAUUAAUGAUGAAGCUUAAGCAGAAGAAGACAGAAUUAGAUAAGAUGCUUCGGCAGAAGGAGAAGCUCUACAUCCUGGAACCUGUGAUGGAUGAAGAUAAAGAGGAGGAGUUGGAAUAUGAAAUGAUGGAGAUGGGGGAUGAUACGUUUCAGCAGGCAGCCAGAAAGAAAAUGCUGAAGCUCCAAAAGAAGGAGGCAAAUAUCAUGAUGAAGCUUCAGCUGAAGGAGGAGAAAUUCCUAAAGAGGCUCCAGGACAAGGAGGACAGAGAAAUACAGAAGCUUGAGAAAAAAAUGUUGAAGAGGCUGCAGAAGAUUCAGGAACAGGAGGAGAAAGCAGCAGCUAAGAAGAGCACCUGCACCGCCAGCAAAGAGAGUAGCUUCUCCAGGGCCAAGAGAAGACUGAGUGGGUUGUUGAAAAAAAUAUUCUCCAGAAAGAAGUAGAGGGAGAGGAGGAGGAGGGGUAAAGAAGAAGCUCAGGAUGAAAUAUGCUGAAGCUCCAGAUUUAAAAGGAAAAAAGAUGUUAAUCUUUAUUAAAAGGUAGAGACGCAGGAAGAGACAAAGGUGGAGCUCCAGGCGCUGAACCCGUGCAAACAGUGCCGGAGACCGGGUCGCUCCAGGUGUUGAACCCGUGCAAACAAUGCCAGAGAGCGGGUCGCUCCAGGUGUUGAACCCAUGCAAACAGUGCUGGAGAGCGUGUCGCUCCAGGCGCUGAACUUGGGCAAACAGUUCCAAAACUUGUCAUACAGUGUUUACCAAAAGAGUUUAUGAAGUUCUAAGCGUUACAAAGCGUUUGGAACAC